AUGUUUAUAAAAAAAACAAUUGAAAUUGAUCAAAAAGAAUUUUUUGUCGAAAUUCUUGAUACAGGUGGAACUGAAACAUUUCGAUCAAUGCGUGAUUUGUAUAUUAUAAAUAGUAAAGGUUUUCCAAUUAUUUAUUCAAUAACAUCUCAAUCAACAUUUGAUCAAAAAGAACAAUCAGCAUUGGUACUUGUUGUAAACAAAGUUGAUUUAUCUAAUACGGAAAUAUUUAUUCAAAGAGAAAAAGGUCAAAGAUUAGCUGAUCAAUGGAUGUAUCCUUUUUAUCAAACAUCAGCUAAACAUUCUAUUUAUGUUAAUCAAAUAUUUAUUGAUUUAAUAAGAGAAAUUGAUCGUCGAUUAGCAUGUCUAAGAAAAGCAUCACGACACUAA